GGGACGGACUAAGUCGCGAGCCAACUAGUCCUCACAGAAAAAAAAAAUCAAAAAAUGAACGCACAUAUCUUAGUUUGCUGUUUAUCUCUGCUGUUACUGCUGAACUUCGUGGGAGCCAAACCCGUUUCUGAACUACAGCUCUCUGGGUUUUCUUUUUCUCCGCAGAGUUUGAAGCAGCUUUUAGAAGAGGAGAUCAACACCGCCCCGUAUUACUCCUCCGAGGAGGAGAAGGAUGGAAACACAGACAAGUCGUUGUUCGAAGCUCCAGAGGAGCAGCCGUGGGACUCCUCCGACCCCAGCAACUUGGUACUGGAGGCUAAAGAAAGCCUCCUCGCGCGUAUCUUCAAAGACCUCAUGAGGACCUCCAAGCGCUCGUGGAGCCGAAACAAGAAGGGCGGGCUGAGGAGCUGCUUCGGUGUCCGGCUAGAGAGGAUCGGCUCCUUCAGUGGGCUGGGAUGCUGAAGGCGUGGAUGACUCGGGCUUCUCCCAUCAGCAGACACUUUAAAGGGCGCCUCCUCCAGUCUCUCCGGUCCACGCUUCUCAGUCACAACCGUCAUUUAUCUUUUCAUAUGUGAGCUAU